GCUCCCCACUUGCCAUCACUGCCAAGGCCAUUGCCAAGUGCCACCUCCAUCCCUCUAUUCUUAACCGUCCGUUUCUCCUGGAUUCCUCGAAUCUGCAUUUUCUUUUUAUUCCUUCUGAUUUGGCAACAAAUAUCAACUAUAUAAAAUAUUUCAAAAAAAUAAAAAGAAAAACCCUAAUCGAAUCAUCAGCAAAACAAAGCCAAACACAGAUUAAAGAGAAUGGCAGAUUCGGCGAUCAUAAACGGCGAAGUGGAGAAUCAGACGGCGGACAACUUCUACGACGCUGAUGAAGCCAAACUAACCGAACUGGCUAGUAAAAUCGAAGCCCUUGAGAGCGAGAAGCUGGAACUGAGCAACGAGAACAAAGAAAUGAAUGAAAAGAUCAAGAAACUGACCAUACAGAUUGAUGAACUACGAAACAAGGAAGAAGAAAUGAGACUAGAAAUGGAUCAGUGGGAGGCUGAUAAAAGGGUCGCAGAAUCAAUCGCCGCGAGAUCGGCUGAUCUUGAAACUGAGAUUUCGAGGCUUCAACAUGAUCUGAUAACUUCGAUGAGUGAAGUGGAUGAGGUGAAUAAGAAGGUGUUUGAGUUAAAGAGAGGAUUGGAAGAGAAAAGGUUGGUGAUUGAGAGAUUGGACAAGGAAAUCGCUGAGUUGAAGAAAGAGAAAGUUGAGAGUGAGAAGAAAGUGAGGGAAUUGGAGAGGCAAUUGGGAGUUUUAGAAGUGAGGGAAACGAAGGAGAGGAGUAAGAAAGUUAGGAUUGAAGAGGAAAUGAGGGAAAAGAUGGACGAAUAUGAGAAGAAAGUUGAGGAGUUGGAAUCGGAGGUGGCGAGAACGAGGGUUGAAUUGGAGAGGAAUAAGGAAGAAAAACGAGAAUCUGAGGAGAAGGCCAUGGGGUUGGAGUUGAAGAUAUUGGAACUAAAGGAGGAGGUGGAGAAGAUGACUACUGAGGGUAUCAAUGGAAACAAUAGGGAGAUUGUUGAGAGCGUUGGUGGUGAAGAGAAAUGGUUGAAGGGGUUGAAUGUGCCAGUUGUGGUGGCAGGAUCUGCUGGGGCUAUUGUUGUUGCGGCUGCUGUGGUGUAUCUUUGCUGUAGGAAGCGUUCGUGAUUGAUGAUUACUGGCGCAUGAUUAAUGAGGAGAGGUUAGGAUUUUAUUAUAGUAAUGAAUAUGUGUUCAAUUUUUGAUAGGUGGAAUAAUGUUGCUCGGAUUUCCAAUUCUGUGCCUAUGAAUCUCACUUCUGCUGCUAAUAUAUUUCUGGCCUUGGGUGUGAUGAAUGUUUAUUUGCUAGUUGACAAUUUUAAUUGCAAACACAAGUAUUCCAUCUAGUUUUUGAAGGAAUUGUGAUUUUGUAGUAAUGCAAAUUGCAUCCUUGGGAGGCUUUUCUGUUUGUUCAUUCAUGGUGUACUAUUUUCGAAUCUUCGUUAUGAAUUGGUUCAGUUGUAUGUUAGUUGUGAUUUACACUUUGAAACUGUGCACAAGCAUUACAUAUACAUAUAUAUAUAUAUAUAUAUAUAUCUGAAUAGUGAAUACUAGAACUAGAAACCUGGAUUUCUUGAUUAGACUUGCUCUGUUAUUUGACCAUGCUUUUUGCCUACUGCCUAGGGCCAUCUGUCUUAGUUAUGAUAAUAGUCGGUAUCGGCAAUAUUCUGUGAUUUGAUUUGCUGAAUCGCAAAGUGGUGUUGUGUUUUGUACUAUCCAGCCUCAUAAUCAUGUUUUCUGAUUGAUCAGAUUUUGCAAGUUAGUUGAAUAACAGAUGUUUGGGGAUAUUUGGUUGAAACAUGCACAUUAUUUUUGGCCCAUAAACAUAUUACUGCAAUUUAAGGUGUCAAAAUUUACGCCAAACUCAUAAAAAUCAUUUACUCUGGUUUGAGACCUUAUACGAUUUGGAUUGAUUGUCUCGUUUGGUUUUUGCUUUUGCAUUGCAUUGAAAAAUAGUAAAAUGGAAUAUAUAUAUAUAUAUAUAUAUAUAUGUAGAUGUAUAUUCUGCAUUCCACAUGUUAAUGGAACUGUAAUUGUCACUAGCACCAUGAUUGGGAUACUUCUGUUUUAGCCAAGCAGGUGGGGAUACUUGAGUAUAGUGUUUUUUUCUUUGCAUGAUAAGCAAAACGAUGUUAUUCCUGCGUUUCCAAGGAUUGUCUGCUACGUUCACUUUACGUCUUUCAUCAUGUAUUUUGCUCAUAGAAUGGCUCGGUUGCUUCCCUCCGUGAUGCUGUUUGUGGGAUGCUGCAACUCGCUAAUCAAAUACAGUUCAUUAUUAAGGAAAUUGAACAAUUUGAUGUAAUUAUGAAAUGGCGGUGAAUAUUAAGUAAGAUUUUAUAUUUGAUGCAGUAUAA